AUCUCCUUGCUGUCGCUUUUAAGAAAUAUAACUCGUCUCUGCCGAAUGACUUCUUUUUUAUAUCUCGCUUGAUGACUUUAAUUUUGAAACGAAACGCUCUUCCGGCCGGAAGUUCAGAUGCGCUCGCGUCGAACGAGCAGGCGGUAUGAAGACCCCAGUGAGCGUCCUGCGGCUGCCCAGGGGACCGGAGCCCAACAGCCGGGGGUUCGACCCCAGCUCUCCCCGCUUCAUCGCUCUGUGCUCCUCCUCCUCCUCCUCCUCCUGUGAUGAAGAGGAGCAGCGCCUGCGCUCGGAGCUCCGCCAGAGGUUUCUGUGGACUCUCUCGCUGAUGACGGACAGGUCGGUCCGGUUCGACAUGCACGAGCGCGUGCGCGUGCGCGCCAGGUUCGGCGCCUCGGACAUCGACGUGCUCCGCUUCCAGGUGUCUGACCUGGAGACUCCCCUCGGGGUCCAGAGGGAGGCGCUCCUGAGGAGCCAGGACGUGGUCGCGUGCUCGUUUGAACCGUGAGCGCCGUCCCGAUCCUCGCCGCGAGAGCGCGCCACGAGAGCUGCCGUCAGAGUGUCGAAGACCUUUCUCGUUGUUGUUUGUAAUAAACCUUUGCUGAGAACUGUGUUUGGAUUUUUUUUUUUUUCCCCACUGUAAGAACCUUUUGUGCAAUGGAAAGUUAAAGGUUGUUCAUCGAUGCCCCUUCAUUUCUAAGUAUCUGUAGCCUGCCUACUGAUAAUUAAACUAAUCGUAAUCAAACGGCAUAUGAGUUACAUAAAAAAUUGCACAAUAAAUGCCUUGCAA